CAGUCACAAUCAUAGCAAAACGAGAAGCAACAGAACAUCAUUACCUCCAUCAUCUUCCAGCAUCAUGAAGACUCUCUGCCUGUCCGUAGGAAUGCUGCUGCUCAUCACCUGCUGCUGUGGCGCCAUGCCUCAGGCAGUGCAGUACAACACAGGUCCUGUAACCUGUUGUGACCAAUUCAGCAACAACAGAGUACCAGCAAAAAGGAUUGCGGACAUAACAAAGACCCACAGCUCCUGCAUGAGACAAGGAUUCAUAGUAGAGACUGUAAAGGGACGUUUAAUCUGCUUCAGACUGUCCACUAUGUGGGUUGAGGAGGCUUACAACCGAAUGGUCAACUCUGAAGGCAUCGGCCAGAAACAAUGAAGAUCCUGAACUGUAUUUAUGUGCAAUACAUUAUGGAAAUGAAUGUAGCUUUUGGAAUGAAUAAGUUUUAAUUUGUUUUGUAUGUAAAUAAACUUCAACAAGUGAAUGCUCAGACAUUU